CAUGAAUCUGGCAGCCUAAUUUUGCGCGCGAGAGACUCUACGUCAGCUCGUGUCUCCCGUUUCGACCGUCAAGAUGUUGGCCAAUGAUACGCAGUUCUUCAAGCAAUCCUUGAGAUCUGAAUACUGGAUCAACUUCAACGUCGACAAGAAGUUCAGUCUUGCUGGCGUUUAUGGACCCGAACUCGAUAGCGAGGACAAGGAACUAGUCCGUACGUGGGCAUCGACCAAGGGUGCGAGCAAGACAGCCCCGGCCCAAACCCAACCUUCGUCCCUUUAUCGUUCCAUACUCGAUCCUGUCGAGAUCCGCGUGCUCGAGAUCUUGCCAGGUACCGGCGAUGACGGGCUGCGUGGCCGCCUCCAUCACUGCUCACUCGAACUCAAGGCAAGCUUUGCUCUCGCUGUCGAUGGAUCCGCCACGCCAAUGGCGUACACGGCUCUCAGCUAUACAUGGGGCCCAAACGUGUUCGAUGAGGCAAUCGAGUGCGAAGGUCACGUCAAGAAUAUCACAAAGUCUCUCGCGGUUGCUUUGAGGGCUUUCCGACAAGAGGAUCGCUCAGUUGUGAUGUGGAUAGACCAGAUCUGCAUCAACCAGGAUGAUAACGAAGAGAAGGCGCAGCAGAUACCCUUAAUGUCGAGGAUCUACCAGAAUGCGAUGAACACCGUUAUCUGGUUGGGUGAAUCAACUUCGAAUUCUGCUUCCGCCAUCAAGCUGCUCGAAGACGUUAGAUUGCUCUUGCAGUUUACGGAGAAGACUAUCGGUCCGGAUGAGUUCGAGGGGUUAAACCUUCCCUUAAAAGACUCGGAGGUUUGGGGAGCCCUGUGGGACUUUCUCUCACGCCCAUGGUUCACACGACUGUGGAUCAUCCAGGAAGUCAUUCUCUCCUUUGACUCUUGGGUUGUGUGCGGCAAUCAUAUGACUACGUGGGACGUCUUGUCAUUGGCCUGCCUACAUCUAUGGACCUGUGGCAUCUCGAGAUGGCUGGGGGAGAAAUUCAAUUCUGGAAGCCGCGCACUUGACUUUCAGAGGGAUCUUUGUGAGUCGGUACAGCACCUCAGCAGCAUGAAGUCAAGCUACCACAGUGCAGCCAUGCCGCUAUUCGAUCUAUUGAUAGAGUCCAGAGAAGCCAAGUGCUACGACAAUCGGGACAAGGUGUAUGGUCUGCUUGGUGUCUGUCAAGAUCAGGAUAGGUCUGCGAUCAAACCAAGCUACGCAGACGAGUUUCCCGUAACUCGUCUCUAUCGCGACAUAACGACGCGUCACCUGGAUGACAACAAAGGCAGCUUGAGGCUUGGCGUGGUCCUUACCUGCGUAGACCAUGAGUCUCCCGACCUGCCCUCAUGGGUACCAGACUGGAGGAAUCCCCGCCGAACACACUCAUUGGGACACUCUACCACCACAACAACCCCGUACAUGGCAUGCGGCCAUCUUACGAUCGAGAUCGGCAGACUUCAUCCGCCUUUAGAAAGCAAAAAUAAGGACGAGCUGCGGCUGCAUGGUGUUUCGGUUGACACUAUCGCAAAAGUCGGUACCACCUCCACGAAUCCAGAGUUGAGUCUCGACGAUCCAACCACUGCCAACGGAGACUUGAAAGACAUGUGCUUCUUUGUCGCAGAGCUACAAGAGUAUCCAGGUCAUGAAACUGUCUUCUCUGCCUUCUGGCAGACACUGGUCGCUGGAAAAGACGCCACCGAAAUGGCGAAGGCACCGAUAGCCUAUGAGGAGAUUAUCUCCCUUCUCCUCGACGCAUCCACGGGGCUGUCUCCGUCGCUCCCAGGACAGACGUACUCUGCACGACAAAGACGGCCAGCAGGCAAGGGGAAGUUACAGCUGGCGAAUCUUAAGGAACGCACGGCAGGAAAAACCUUCCAGGAUGUAAGAACCUCAAUGGUGCAUGCUAGGCGGAAUCGUAGGCUGUGCUUCACUGCUAAGGGGUACUUGGGGCUGGUGCCGGAGACAAGCAAGGUGGGGGACGAGAUUCACAUUUUGGAUGGGUGCCAUAUUCCAUACCUUCUGAGGAAGGUUGAUCACAGGAGGCAUCGGCUAGUUGGAGAGUGCUAUGUGCAUGGGAUCAUGAGAGGAGAGGCUGUCCACGAUAAUCAGAGCAUGGACGAGAUAGUUUUGAUGUGAAAACUCAACGAUGAUAUUGUCUGAGCUCCCUUCGUCACGAUGAUUGUAUACCCAGACUAGCUUAUGCGCAGCAGCUGCUACCAGAAGUUUUAAACAGACAGUGGCAAGCUCGCAAGGAUUUACUAAGCCUUCGUUGGCCCCGAUGGUUGAGCCUGGCUUGAUUGUUG